AUGCCUGCCCCCUUGCCGGUGGAUUGGCUGAAGCGUCUGGGAAUCAAUGAUAUACUGGGGGUCAAGGUUGAGGACUGGGACUACAUCUACACUGGAAUCUACUGUGAUGAGAUGGCUCGAUCUGGUCUCAGUGGCCCUGGUGGUUCUCUCAAUGCAGGAUUUGCCUUUGGAAUUUCACCAAUUGUAAAAUUUGGUAGCCGUCAGCUGCAAGAGAAGUUCCUGCCCGACUUGCUCACUGGCAAAAAGCGAGGGUGUAUUGCUAUCACGGAACCUGAGGCUGGUAGCGAUGUCGCUAACAUUACCACAACUGCCGUCAAGAGUGCCGAUGGUCAGCACUACAUCGUCAAUGGCACCAAAAAAUGGAUCACCAAUGGCAUCUGGUCAGACUAUACCACAAUGGCCGUUCGAACCGGUGGCCCCGGAGCAGCGGGUCUGUCUGUUCUAGUUGUGCCGCUCAAGAACCACCCCGGAGUCACAAUGCGCCGGCUUAAGGUCUCUGGCCAGGUGACUGGUGGAACCACCUAUAUUGAGCUCGACGACGUCAAGGUUCCCGUGUCAAACAUCGUCGGUCGAGAAGGUGAUGGCAUGCGUAUCAUCAUGACCAAUUUCAACCAUGAGCGUCUCGUGAUUGCCAUCGGAGCCACUAGACAGGCUCGAGUGGCACUCUCGGCUGCAUUUUCCUACUGUCUCAAACGCGAGGCCUUUGGAAAGACGCUAAUGGAUCAGCCCGUGGUCCGGCAUCGUCUCGCCAAGGCAGGUGCUGAGCUUGAAACCAUGUGGGCCUGGGUUGAACAAAUUCUGUAUCAACUGACUCAUCUCAGCAAGGAGGAAGGCGAUCGUCAACUGGGUGGCUUGACAGCACUGGCAAAGGCCAAGUCUGGCAUGGUCUUGAACGAGUGUGCCCAGACAGCUGUUUUGCUCUUUGGUGGCAAUGGCUUUACGAAGACUGGACAAGGCGAAUUGGUAGAAGCAAUUCUUCGUGACGUCCCCGGUAUUCGUAUUCCUGGUGGCUCUGAAGAUGUUUUGCUCGACCUUUCUGUUCGUCAAUUAGUCAAGGUCUACCAAGCAGAGGAAAAGAAGCUCUCCCAGAGCUCGAAGAUUUGA